AUGUUUCAGUUGUCAUCCGGCACAACGUCUUUUUUGGUUUUACUUUUGGCUGUUGCCACGUUGGCAUCCGUUGCGCGUGCUGGUGACCCUUCCGUCUCGCUGGAGGGCAUUGUGGACCUCACCGCCUCAAACUUUGACGAGCAUGUUGGGAAGGGGGUUCCUGCGCUCGUGGAGUUCUACGCGCCAUGGUGCGGGCACUGCAAGAAAAUGGUGCCGGAAUUUGAAAAAGUGGGCCAGGCAGUGAAGACGGCGAGGGACAAGGUGCUUGUCGGCAAAGUGGACGCCACACAAAACAGGGAUCUUGCGGAACGCUUUGGUGUCAACGGGUACCCAACCAUUUUAUUUUUUCCUGCCGACUCGCAGACGAAACAGCAAUACAGUGAAGCCCGUGAGGCCGCUGCCUUUUUGUCGUUUCUUAACAGGCAAGUUCCAGGCCUGAAUAUUGGCGUUCCCCAUGAACACACGUACGCGGUGGAGCUCACAAAGAGAAACUUUGAUGCGGUUGUCAUGGACGAGGCAAAGGAUGCCCUUGUGAUGUUUUACGCGCCAUGGUGCGGGCAUUGUAAGAAACUCCACCCUGUUUUUGAACGUCUUGCGACGGCGUUCAAGGAGGAAGCGGACAUUGUUAUCGGAAAACUGAACGCUGAUGAUGCAUCUAACGGUGCAGUGCGAAACCGCUAUAAAGUUGACGGAUAUCCGACACUUGCAUUCUUUCAAAAGAGGAGUAAAAGUGAGCCACAGUAUUACAGUGGCGGCCGCAGCCUUGAAGAACUUGUUGAAUAUGUCAAUGAACGUACCGGGAAGAAUCGUCUUCCUUCUGGUGAUCUUUCCGAGAAGGUUGGUGUGAACGACGAGCUUUCAAAGGUGCUGCGGGAUAUGAUGUUAAAGGAAAAGAGUGUGGAUGAGAAGAAGCAGUACCUCGAGAAGGUGAAGAAGGCGGCGGCGGAUCUCACCGGUGUGGAAGCUGUGCACUACCCCCGUAUCGCGGAGAAGAUUUUGCAGCUGGGCGCGGAGUACGUGGAGAUGGAACUGGGCCGCAUUGCACGAUUGAAGCAGGGCGAUGUAAAGGGCGAAAAACGUGACAUGCUCACAAUCCGAAACAACAUUUUGGCUUCCCUUAAGGAUGAGUAG